AUGGAGCAGGAGCAGGAGCAGGAGCGCACUCCACCAGCGAUGAAGAGGGCGAGGCCCUCUCCUCCUCCGCAAGCCCACGCUGCCGACGCGGAGGACCGGCUCAGCGCGCUAGACGACGUCACCCUCCACGCCAUCCUCACCCGUGUGCCGCUCCGUGACACCGCGACCACGACCGCGCUCUCCCGCCGCUGGCCCCGCGUCUUCGCCACGCUCCCUCGCCUCCUCCUCCGCGCCGCCACCUUCAACCGCCGCGACUUCCCCAACGAGGGCGAUAAGGACUACAACGAGGACCCCAGGCGCUGGAUGUGCGCCCUCCGCCCCGUGUUCGAUGGCCGCGCCGCGCCGGUCGCCGCCUUCGAGAUCGUUUUCAAGUACAUGGGCCUCUACGAGGACUGGUUCCUCGGCGUCUUCCGCGAGCUAUGCGGGAGCGGCGGCCUCCUGGAUCUCAGCAUCACCAACACCAAGUACACCGAGUGCUACGACCUGCCCUCCCCUGUGUACUCCUGCAAGACGCUCACCUCGCUGGAUCUCUUCAACUGGCGGAUCCGGGUGCCCGGCAGAAUCACCGGCCUGCGCGCUCUGCGGUUGCUCCGGCUUCAAGGAGUGACCGCGACGGAUGACGACCUUCAUCGCAUCAUCUCGCGGUGCAGCGCCAUGGAGCAUUUGGAGAUCUUUAACAUCCACAAGGCACGGAACAUCGUCAUACGCGCGCCAUGCCUUAAAAAGCUGCUGAUAUAUUCGUACUGCCCGCUCUGUGUCUCGGGCUCCUCGGUGAAGAAGGCGCCGUGGCUGGACAAGGUGAGGUUGGGCUUCUCCUACAGCUACCCUGAGGCCUUCUGGAGGCUCUGGGACACCAUGGACUCCCAUGAAGACUACUCGGAUUCUGAGAUCGAGGAGAUGCUUGAUUACGAGAAGAUGGCGAAGAGGGAGCACAGGAAGACGGAAGAGAUUAGGAAUAUGGUGAUGUCUCUGUGGUCUCAGUUCCGCCAAGAAUCUUUACUUGUCACCUGAU